AGUAUUGAGAUUUUUAUGCUUGGAGGUGGCAGCAAUGGUUUUAAAAAAGGAAGAAGGCUGAGCUGCAGAUGUAGGUGUUCUUGUUAAGGAUCAUUAUUGACUUUUAUCAGCUGAGGUCCCAGGUCUGUGUAGGUCUCCACCCCUGGGCAGGAGAGGAGCCGAGCACCUCGGGGGUGCUUUCUCUGCACUUGAACAUCUAUAGCUGCUUCUGAGGGGCUGGGAGCCGGGCCCGGGGAGAGAUGAGCCAUGGACCCCCCACAGCCUUAGCAUUCGGGGACCUCACCUUAGGAGAGCGCCAUUUACAGCUUCCGCCAGGGCAAAGGAGCUGAGCAGCCAUCCCAAGCCCAGCCCACCUCCCUCCCCCGGCCCCUGGUGGGCAUGGACUAGCAGCUGUGAGCAGCCAGAGCUGAUGCCCGGCCCCCAGGGGGGCGGAGGCGCCCCCACCAUGAGCCUGGGCAAGCUCUCGCCUGUGGGCUGGGUGUCCAGUUCACAGGGAAAGAGGCGGCUGACUGCAGACAUGAUCAGCCUCCCACUCGGGGACUUCCGCCACACCAUGCAUGUGGGCCGCGGCGGGGACGUCUUCGGGGACACCUCCUUCCUCAGCAACCACGGUGGCAGCUCCGGGGGCACCCAUCGCUCACCCCGCAGCUUCCUGGCCAAGAAGCUGCAGCUGAUGCGGAGGGUGGGGGCGCCCCCCCGGAGGAUGGCAUCUCCCCCUGCACCCUCCCCGGCUCCACCGGCUAUCUCCCCCAUCAUCAAGAAUGCCAUCUCCCUGCCCCAGCUCAACCAGGCCGCCUAUGACAGCCUCGUGGUUGGCAAGCUCAGCUUCGACAGCAGCCCCACCAGCUCCACGGACGGCCACUCCAGCUACGGCCUGGACUCUGGGUUCUGCACCAUCUCCCGCCUGCCCCACUCGGAAAAGCCACAUGACCGAGACCGGGAUGGUUCCUUCCCUUCUGAGCCCGGGCUUCGCCGCUCUGACUCUCUCUUGUCCUUCCACCUGGACCUCGACCUUGGGCCCUCGCUCCUCAGCGAGCUGCUAGGGGUCAUGAGCCUCCCAGAAGCCCCUGCAGCUGAGACUCCAGCCCCUGCUGCAAACCCCCCAGCCCCUACUGCAAACCCCACGGGUCCUGCUGCAAACCCCCCAGCCCCUGCUGCAAACCCCCCAGCGCCUGCUGCAAACCCCCCAGCGCCUGCCGCAACCCCCACGGGUCCUGCUGCAAAUCCCCCAGCCCCUGCCACAAAUCCCCCAGCCCCUGCCACAAGCUCCACACCCCAUGGACACUGUCCCAAUGGGGUAACAGCUGGGUUGGGCCCAGUGGCUGAGGUGAAGGCCAGCCCAGUGGGAGGGGGUCCCCGAGGACCUGCUGGCCCUGCCCUCGGCAGGCACUGGGGAGCAGGCUGGGAUGGUGGCCGCCACUACCUGGAGAUGGAUGCACGGCAGGAGCGGGUGGAGGUGCUGCCCCAAGCCGGGGCCUCCUGGGAGAGCCUGGACGAAAAGUGGAGGGCACCCCAGGCAGGCAGCAGGACCCCGGUGCCCAGCACAGUGCAAGUAAACACCUUUGAAUUUGCGGAUGCUGAGGAGGAUGAUGAGGUCAAGGUGUGAGGGGCUGGGGCACGGUCCCGGGGCCCCAUCUAGGUGCAGAGCCGGCCCCUCACCUAACAGCUGGUUCCUACCAGACCAGAGACAGGAGAAGCCGAGUUGCCCCUAAACCCCUCCCCACCUCUGCAGGACAGACAUGGGAGGGAGGACAGGGAAGGCCAGGCUUGUUCCGGGACUUUUAUGCUCCCAGAGGCCCUGCCAAGCUGACCACCUCCCCCGACUGCCACUCUGGACCUAAUAGCUGUUCCUUAGGCCCCACUCCCUGCCACCCCCAGCAGCUGGAGGACCCAGCCUCACAGUGUGGCCUUUGUGCCAGACCAAGCUGCCCGUGGGGGACGGGAGGCAGGGAGUGUACCACACAGGGCCAUUGUCUCACCUCCCAAAGGGACCGCCUGCCCCCAGCUCAUCCCAGAGCGUCCCCGCUGCAACCCUGACAGCCCUCUCCCAGGCCGCUUCCCCAACAUCCCCACCCCAGCCUCCCUCUUACCCCAGAAAGGUCAGGUAUGACCUCCUGGGGAGGAAUCCCACCUGCCUGUAUGCCCCAGACUUGCCUCUGGAGCCUGAUUAAAUAAGGCUGUUUUGAUAAAA